AUGCUUAAAUGGCCAUUGCCCAAAAACCUAAAGGAGCUGAGGGGAUUCCUAGGGCUUACAGGGUACUACAGAAGAUUUGUGAAGGGAUACAACACUAUAGCUUGGCCACUCACAGAGCAGUUGAAGAAAGAUGGCUUCUUAUGGGGGGAGGCAGCUACGACAGCAUUUGAGCAGUUGAAGAAAGCUAUGACCACAGUGCCGGUCUUAGCUUUACCGGAUUUUACUCAAGCCUUUAUAGUGGAGACUGAUGCAUCAGGAUACGGGCUAGGAGCAGCUGAUGCAGAACCACAAGCCCAUUGCUUAUUUCAGCCAAGUGUUGACUGCCAGAGCUCGUCUGAAAUCUGUCUAUGA